UUCGCGGCUCACUCCGGUGCAGCCGGGGCCGCUGCCUGCAGCCAGCGAGCGAGCGGGCGGGCGGGAAAAGUUGCGUCUGCGGGACAGGGACUUCUCCGGGCGCGGGGAAGCGGGGCCGCGCCGCCGGGCUGCUGCUGCUGCUGCUACCGCCUCCUCCUUAGCCCGGGGGUCGGCGGAAGGAGCCGGGCUCAUUUGCCGGCUCGCUCCCACCGCCAGCGGGAUGGGCCGGGGGGGCAGCCCCGGCGCGGAGCCCCGCCCCGCCAGCAGCCGGGCGCCGUGAGCCCCGCACGCAGCACCUGCCGGGUUGGAGGGGAAGCCCAUGAGCCGCCCCCGGCCGGAGCUGCCCCUCGGCCCCGGCGGGGUGCCCCGGGACGGGCGGGCCGUCAUGCCGGGCAGCGGGGAGCUGGGCAACGCCACCGCGCCCCGGGGAGCGGCGCCCGGCUACAACUUCGCCGCCUUGGUCUUCGGCGUCUCGCUCAUCCUCUGCGUCGUGGGCGGGAACCUGCUGGUCUGCCUGAGCGUCUGCUCCGAGCGCGCCCUCCAGACCGCCACCAACUACUUCAUCGUCAGCCUGGCCGUGGCCGACCUGCUGCUGGCCCUGCUCGUGCUGCCCCUCUACGUCUACUCCGAGUUCCAGGGAGGAGUGUGGGCCUUGAGCACAGGUCUGUGUGAUGCACUGAUGACCAUGGAUGUGAUGCUGUGCACCGCCUCUAUCUUCAACCUCUGUGCUAUCAGCGUGGAUCGGUUCAUCGCCGUUUCCAUCCCGCUGAACUACAGCCGGCAGCAGGUCGACCUGCGGCAGCUGAUCCUCAUCUCCACCACUUGGAUCUUUGCUUUCGCCGUGGCAACCCCGGUCAUCUUCGGCCUCAACGACGUCCCAGGCAGGGACCCCACCGUGUGUCAGCUGGAGGACAACAACUACAUUGUCUACUCCUCCAUCUGCUCCUUCUUCAUCCCCUGUCCGGUCAUGCUGGUCCUCUACUGUGCCAUGUUCCAGGGACUCAAGCGCUGGGAGGAGGCCAGGAGGGCCAAGCUGAAGAGCAGCGUGUAUGUGGGCGGCAGGAAGCUGUGCGGCCCACCUCCCGUCAUGGAGAGGAAGCAGGCUGAGAUCAAGCUGCAGGAGCGCAGUCUGUGUGACCGCUCCGAGUGCUCUUUCCCCAGGGGGUACAUGAUGAACAGUGGCAUCCAGACUGUCUCCUACCCUCACCUCAAGUACUCCCACCCGGGACACAAACAGGCCAAGAUCAAUGGCCGGGAGAGGAAGGCUAUGAAGGUGCUCCCGGUUGUGGUCGGCGCUUUCCUCUUCUGCUGGACACCCUUCUUUGUAGUACACAUAACAAGAGCCCUGUGCAAAUCCUGCACGAUCCCCAGUCAGGUCAUUAGCAUUGUCACGUGGCUGGGCUACAUCAACAGUGCCCUUAACCCCAUCAUCUACACCAUCUUCAACACAGAGUUCAGGAAAUUCUUCCGCAAAGCUUUGCACGUCUUCUGCUAAGGUUGGUGCCUGCUGGAGUCAGGGAGGAACUAAAGCACAAGGCACAGCAAGCAGUAAAGAUGACACUGUGUUAGGUUUUUUUGUUUGUUUUUUUUUGUAUAGCUCAUUAAAGUUUGAUUUCUUGCUACA